GGCAAACCAUACCUUGCCACAAAUCCAUCUCUCUCUCUCUCUCUCUCACACACACACACACACGGAAAGCAAGGAAGCAGUGAAGCUUCUUGGAUUCUAGGCGAGCCCAUUUUCCGUUAGAGUGGAGUGGGCACUGAGACUGAAGGGUGUGGAGUAUGAAUACAUCGAGGAAGAUAUCUUCAACAAGAGUCCUAUGCUUCUGGAGCUGAACCCGAUUCGCAAGAAGGUGCCAGUGCUGAUUCAUGGAGAAAAAGUGAUACUCGAGUCCCUUGUGAUUCUUGAGUACAUCGAUGAGACUUGGAAGCAAUUUCCGAUCCUGCCCCGAGAUCCUUAUGACAGAGCCAUGGCGCGAUUUUGGGCCAAAUUUGCAGAGGAGAAGCUUUUGGAAAAUGCAUGGAUGGCUACGUGCACCCAAGGAGAUGAAAAAGAAAAAGAAAUGUAUCUGAAACAAGCCGUGGAGUCCUUGGAGAAGAUAGAACAAGAGUUGAUCAAAGGGAAAUCCAAGUUUUUCGGUGGGCAAAGCAUUGGUUAUCUGGACAUUGCACUUGGAUUUAUCUCUUACUGGCUUCCCGUUUGGGAGGAAGUUGGGUCCAUGACAAUCGCAGACCCAACCCGAUUCCCAGCCACCGCCAGUUGGACGGAGAAUUUCCGCAGCCACCCCGCGGUCAAGGACAAGUUACCGCGGAGAGAUAAGAUUGUCGUUUGUUUUCAGUGGCGAAGCAAGGAAAUCGGAGCCCAAAUCGCCUCUGCUAGGAAAGGUUGAUUACAAGAUUUUGAAAUAAUUGAAUAACUAUGUAUCAGAAUAAAUGAGAUCGUAUGUUCUCAGAAACAAAGGGGAUUUAAAAUAAACAUGUAUCCUACGAGUUGACACUUACAUAUUAGAGUUUAUGACAAAUAUCUUGGACAAAACCAAAUUAACCAA